UCGACUACGACAGUUCAGGAAUUUCUUAUUUCGGUUUAGUUCUAAGUGCUUUUCAAACAAAAAAAAAGAUGCGCAGCUGCGUAACUUUAGUAUUUUUUUUCAUUUGGCUUUGCUGCUUCGGCAACCUGACGGUAAUGUGCUAUAAGAUACCACAAGCCAAGCUUGAGAUACUUCAGAACGGAUUUCGAGUGUCAAUACCGCAUGAAACGGGCAUCGAAAAUGUGGCUUUCAAUAUAAAUCGCAAUCGGCCAUUCAAAGGCUUUGAACCAGGCGAAUUUUCCGGUCGAAUACGUACGCAAGCAGCAAAUCAAUGGUUUUUUGAGAGCCAACGUCACCUUCAAGAUGAUGAUAUCAUCUAUGUGUGGACCGAUGUGCAAUAUAAUAAAAGUCGUUAUCGUAGCAUGUCAUCGCCUAUCACAGUACGACAGACAACACCAGGAGGGCCAUCUCAGCAUAGUAAUGAAGUGCAGCCAGCAUUUACUACCGAAAGGUCACGAGUUACGAGCGAAGAACCCCUAAUUACCAGCAAAAAACCGCCAAUCAUAGGCGAAGAAUGUGAAUCCUCUUUGACGACUAUACGCAAUCGUAACAUUUGCAAGGGACAACUGAUAUUCGAAGAAAAUUUCGACGGCACAGAAUUGGAUUCCUCGCGUUGGCGUUACGAAGUACGCCUACCGCUUGAUGUCGCUGAUGCAGAAUUCGUCUUAUAUGAUACAAAUGCUGAGCUGAUAAAUGGUGUGUUGAAAAUUGAACCUCGUCUUUGGGGUAAUGAUAGUCCGGAUACGAAUAUACGUAGGGGACAUUUAAAUUUAGGAACACGUUGUACCGCUAAUCAGAAUCCACAAGUGGAAUGUCAGCGACAACCAUUCGGUCAGGUUGUACUACCGCCAGUGCUCUCUGCACGCAUCAACACCAAGCAUGCCUUCACUUUCAAAUAUGGACGCGUAGAAGUGCGCGCCAAGCUGCCACAAGGCGAUUGGCUUUUCCCACUUCUUCUACUCGAACCUCUGGUCAACUUCUAUGGUCAACACCCCUAUGCCUCGGGUCAAAUGCGUAUUGCAUUUAUUCGUAGCAAUCUCAAUUUGCGGACGCGCGAGGGCGUUGAAGAGGGUGGGCGUGUACUUCAUGGCGGCGCCGUACUCUCGUCAGAGGCAAAUACGCGUGACACUUUCAUGGCGAAUACCAGCCAGGACCAGCAUUUCGGCGAAACGUUUCAUAUCUACUCGCUUACAUGGAAUGAUCGCCAGCUUAGUUUGGAUGUGGAUGGAAAAAAUUAUGGCACUGUGGAUGGUGGAUUUGCACAAAAGGCAAAUGGUUACAAUAAUGCUUGGGCGAAUAGCAAUUACAUGGCACCGUUUGAUCAAGAGUUCUUCCUUACACUUGGUGUAGCGGCUGGUGGACAUGGCGAUUUUUCAGACGAUUAUGUUUCGAAACCCUGGGCAAAUACCUCACCAAAGGCGGCACUGAACUUUUGGCGUAAUCGGCAGAGUUGGAAAUCAACUUGGACCAGUCCAGCACUGCAAGUUGACUAUGUACGCGUUUACGCCAUUUAGAGGGCUGCAAAAAUCGAUUCCUCUUGUUUAGUAAACUGUACAAUAAGUUGGUUAGCUCCUAUAAUUUUUUUUAAUAAGAAAAAAAAAUUAAAACUUUAUUCGUUAAAGUAAAAAAUUAAAAUGAUUGGAAAGUAAAAUUAUAAUUAUAUUAGUUAAGAUGAAACCGUAAUAAAUUUUAAGCUCAGAAAAAUAAAUCCCCAAA